GUUUAUUUCAAUAUAAAAUAUAUAUUUUUAAGUGUGUAAACAAAUGUCAAGCCCUGGGAUAAAAUAAAAGAUUGGGGUUAGGUGUUCAUGGGGCAAAUGAUCUAGAAGAGGGAAGUGACAUUUUAAAAACGAUAGUGUGAACAACGAAUAGUAUUUUCUUAGGCUUAUUGGUGGUGUGACUUGGCGGCUCGUCACUCAACGUAAAUAACUUGUGCAUAAUGUCUACCUGGUGUCACUUUUCUUCCCAGGUGGCUUUGCAGGUGGCUCCUCCGUGCACCAGGGACAGGCAGUAUGAACUGCAUGGGAGGUGUUGUAGCAGGUGUGAACCAGGCAAGUACAUGUCUUCUAAAUGCACUACUACCUCUGACAGUGUGUGUCUGCCCUGUGGCCCGGAGGAGUACUUGGAGACCUGGAAUGAAGAAGAUACAUGCUUGCUGCAUAAGGUUUGUGACACAGGCAAGGGCCUGGUGGCCCUGGACCCCGGCAACCGCACGGCGCCCCGGCGCUGCGUCUGCAAGGCUGGUUACCACUGGAGCCAGGACUGCCAGUGCUGCCGGCGGAACCGCGAGUGCGCGCCGGGCUCCGGCGCCCGCCACCCCUUGCAGCUGAACAUGGACACCGUGUGUGAGCUCUGCCCUCCUGGCCAGUUCUCCGAUACCUUUUCUUCCACGGGCAGAUGCAAACCCUGGACUAACUGUACCGUGCUUGGAAAGACAGAAACACGACGUGGGACAGAGAAAUCAGAUGUGGUUUGCAGCUCUCCCCCACCCGGAUCGCCACGGAUGGAACCCCAGUACCUGCCCGGUUUGAUUGUUGUGCUCCUCUUCGUGUCUGUGGUGGUUCUUGCCGCUGUCGCCUUCGGUGUUUACUACAGGAAGAAGGGGAAAGCACUCACAGCUAAUUUGUGGCACUGGGUCAAUGAUGCUUGCGGCCGCCUAAGUGGAAACAAGGAAGCCUCGGGGGACAGCUGUCUGGGCGGGCGCUCCAGAGCCUCCAGCCCGCGCGACGUGGGCGAAGGCGUGUUACUGCUCACUCUGGAGCAGAAGACGGUUCCCGAAGACACGUGCUACCCGGAUGGGGCUGGUGUCUGGGGACACGCGUGUGCAGAAGGCCCACCCCGUGCCCAGGGCGAAGAUGCUGGCGUGUUCUCCUUGGUUAGCGAGGAGGAGACGGAGGGGGACCCCUUCCGACAGAUCCCCACGGAAGAUGAGUACGUGGAUCGGCCUCUGCAGACCCCGGACUCUUCCCGGCUCCCCACGCAGCCGGGAAGCAAAUCCACACCCCCUUUCUCCGAGCCCCUGGAGGUCGGGGAGAAUGACCGUUUCAGCCAGUGCUUCCUGGGGACGGAGAGCCUGGGGGAUUUGGAGAGCUGCGUCUUCACAGAACCCCCCUGCAGGACUGACUGGAUUCCCGGGUCCCCCGAAAAGUACUUAGGACAACAAGUCGGGGGUAACAGUGGCCUGCCCUGGGGGGACAGCGCCAAGUCAGCAGAGGGCUGCCCGGGCUGCGGGAACCUGCCCAGAGAGGACGCUGAGCCCACCCUGGGCUCCCCAAAACAUGAACCCUUACCCCAGUGCGCCCACGGCAUGGGGCUUCCUAUGGAAGAAGUAGCUGAAGGAGUAGAAGGGGGCGACCAGCCUGAGGAUGGAGCCGAGGAAGGACUAACCAGCACAGCCAGGGGAGGAGCGGGGGCUGGAGGUGGCCCCAGCGACCAUCCUCCUGCAUCUGGCACCGUGACGGGAAACAGCAACUCCACGUUCAUUUCCAGCGGGCAGGUGAUGAACUUCAAAGGCGACAUCAUCGUGGUGUACGUGAGCCAGACCUCGCAGGAGGGCGCGGCGGCGGCGGCGGGGGGCCCGGGGGGCCCCGAGCCCGAGCCCAUGGCCUGCCCGGUGCAGGAGGAGACGCUGGGACACCCGGACUCCUUCGCGGGCAACGGGCCGCGCUUCCCGGACACCUGCUCGAGCCCCGGGCUUCCCGAGCCGGCGGCGGAGAAGGCGUCGAGGCCCGUGCAGGAGCAGGGCGCAGCCCGGGCCUGAGGCGCCCACCCUCGCCAGGGCGGCCCGGGCCCCGCGC